GCUAUCUAAUCUUGGUUCUUGGCUCCCCGUAAGCCCGACGGGGGCGCCACCGAACCGAACCGAAACAAACAAUUGGUCAAACAACUACCACGACUGGUAGCUCAAUCAUCAACUUUCACCGGAUGCUCCAUUUCCAUUGCCACAACUGGUAGCUAGCUCAACUCGCCUUGAUCGGUAAUUCCUCCCUCUCUCUUCCCAGGAUUUUCCUCUGAAUUAUAAUCCAAUAUCUUCGACACUCCGAUAAUGCCCUCGCCUUCCAACUCGUCUUCCUAUUCUUCCUCCUCCGACGAGAAAAACCCUAAUUCUGCCCCUAACCCCAAGCCUCCUCAAUUGACCAGUCCCUCGACGCUAUCGAGAAUCAGUUAGCCUCAAUUUCAACGUUUCAACCCGGUUCCUUGCUGGAGCCGAGUCGGAGUUCGGUGUCAACGAUGAUGAAAUUCGAGAGGAAUUGGUGAAUGGAUCGAUAAAUGAUAUCGAAGAGCUGCCCGGGAACUCAGAGGAGAAGUUGAAGGCGAGCUCGUCGAGAGUAUGGGCGAAUGUUUCGGAAAUGGAGGAAGGGGCGGCGCCGUCAAGUCCGAGUAGCAGGUAUGCUGGUGAGAGAGGGAGUAGUGCUACCAGUGGAGUUGAGGAGUAUGGAAAUGAUGAUUUUAAUGACGACGAGAUUGUCGAGGUUCGGAGUAACGGUGAUUUUGACGGAGUUGCACAUUCUCCGGCUCCCUGGACUCCCGGGAAACGCCAUGGCGAUGAGGAUGAUGAUUCUAUUUCAUGGAGAAAAAGGAAGAAACAUUUCUUUAUUUUGAGUCACUCUGGAAAACCCAUUUAUUCGAGAUAUGGAGAUGAACACAAGCUAGCUGGAUUCUCUGCGACUCUACAGGCCAUUAUUUCCUUUGUGGAGAAUGGGGGAGAUCGUGUGAAAUUGGUAAGAGCAGGAAAGCACCAGGUUGUUUUUCUUGUUAAAGGACCAAUUUACCUCGUUUGUAUAAGCUGUACAGAAGAGCCAUACGAGUCACUGAGGGGGCAACUGGAGCUUCUCUAUGGUCAGAUGAUACUUAUUCUUACAAAGUCUGUAAAUAGAUGUUUCGAGAAGAAUCCAAAAUUUGAUAUGACGCCUUUGCUUGGAGACGAUGUGGUCUUCUCUUCUCUCAUCCAUUCUUUCAAUUGGAACCCAGCUACUUUUCUCCAUGCAUACACUUGUCUUCCCCUUGCUUAUGCAACAAGACAAGCUGCUGGUGCAAUAUUACAAGAUGUGGCUGAUUCAGGUGUCCUGUUUGCAAUUUUAAUGUGUAGACACAAGGUUAUCUGUCUCGUUGGUGCACAAAAAGCAUCCCUUCAUCCUGAUGACAUGCUUCUUCUCUCUAAUUUUGUUGUAUCAUCUGAAUCAUUUAGGACAUCUGAAUCUUUCUCACCAAUUUGCCUACCAAGAUAUAAUCCCAUGGCAUUUCUAUAUGCAUAUGUCCACUAUUUUGAUGUUGACACCUACUUGAUAUUGCUCACUACAAGUUCAGAUGCUUUUUACCACCUUAAGGAUUGCAGGAUUCGUAUUGAGACUAUACUUUUGAAGUCGAAUGUACUCGUCGAAGUUCAGAAAUCCAUGCUGGAAGGUCGCAUGCAUGUUGAGGAUUUGUCUACGAACCCUGCUUCUCAUCCUGGAAUUGUCCCUCACUUAAGUCAAUCUAGGCUUGCAACUGAUUCCACAGAGAGGUUGACAGAGUUUAUUGGUGUUGGUGGUCCUGCUGGGCUAUGGCAUUUCAUGUACCGCAGUAUUUAUCUUAACCAGUAUGUAUCAUCUGAAUUUGCAUUGCCAAUCAAUAGCUUGCGACAGCAGAAAAGGUUAUAUAGAGCUUAUCAGAAGCUUUAUGCAUCCAUGCAUGAAAAAGAUGUUGGACCACAUAAAACCCAGUUCAGAAGGGAUGAAAACUAUGCACUGCUUUGCUGGGUCACUCAAGAUUUUGAGCUAUAUGCGGCAUUUGAUCCCCUUGCAGACAAGGCUUUGGCUAUAAAAGCUUGCAACCGGGUUUGUCAAUGGGUGAAAGACGUGGAGAAUGAAAUUUUCCUGUUGGGAGCAAGCCCUUUUUCGUGGUGAUAUUUCUUUAUUUAUAUAGGGCGGCUAUAUGCGGUUUCACAAGACAAGCUUUUCGGUUUCAAGAGCACGCAUCUCACUUCUUAGCUGAUUUCUUGAGACAGUCGACAUUCGGUUCGCAUGAUUGACAUUGAGUUGCCUUUCAAUUUGUCGAGAAAGAAUGAAAAGAUCCCUCUCAGAGAUCGUUUAGGAGCACUUUAUAGUCUGCUUUUUGGGGGGUCAACUUAACCUUCUUCGGAGACUGGAAUGAAGUUGUUCCCCACUAAUAACGAAAAUGGUCCUCCAGAAUUAUGGUUUGAGGAGUCGGGCAUUGGUAAAAAACGCGGUUAAUAGCGAUGCUUUUGUACUUUGGACUUCUCUCCACGUUGAAUAUUCCACGGCUCUUUUAGGAAUGAUGGGACUCCUUUAGCUAUUGGAGUCAAAAGGGUAGCUAGUGUGUGUGUGUGUGUGUUAUUCAAGACCUUUGAUUCUGUGAAAGUGGUCGAGAGAAUGAUUUGUGCA